AUGCAUCAAGAGGCCGCCACCGAUUCAGACCAUCAAUUGGGAUUUUGUUUUGACAAUUACCAAAGGUAUGCAGUUUGCUUACAAUUUAUGUGCAGGAAUCUUGCUCUUUGCUCCUCUUCAAAGGCAGUUUCCACCGGCACAACAAUUAACGGCAUCGUUCUCGGAGCAGAUACUCGCUCCACAUUUGGUCCGAUUGUUGCAAAUAAGAAUUGCGAAAAAAUCCAUUACCUUGCACCGCACAUCUACUGCUGCGGGGCUGGAACUGCCGCGGACACCGAGGCUGUGACGGCAAUGGUCCGCUCAUCGUUAGAACUGGCCUCUCUCAACUCUGGCCGUCCGGCCAGGCUCAGCUCUGCCAUGAUGAUGCUGAAGCAACGCCUUUUCAAGUACAUCCAACCUCCAUUCUGCAAAGCCAUUGAUUUUUCGACUUUUUAUCACUUGCUUACCGGGCACAUUGGGGCUGCGCUUAUUGUGGGCGGCGUAGACAUCGCUGGAUGCCAUCUUUAUACGGUCUAUCCGCACGGGUCUACCGAUAACCUCCCGUUUGUUACCAUGGGCUCAGGCUCACUUGCGGCAAUGUCGGUAUUUGAGGGCAAGUAUCGUCCAAAGAUGGAGCAAGCCGAAGCCAUGGAGCUGGUGUCCGAAGCGAUCCAGGCAGGCAUUUUCAACGACCUUGGCUCUGGAUCCAAUGUUGAUCUUGUGGUCAUUGAGCGAACCGAGGGUGGGCCAGCCUUUUCAUCUACAAAGGUUUUGAGGGGUUACAAAAAGCCCAAUCCAAAGCCUACAAGAAUCGGGACCUAUUUAUUCCAAAAAGGGACCACCGGUUUACUAUUUAUUCCCAUUAACAACUAG